GGGGGAAUGAGUGUAAUGGAACAGCCAGGAACUGUUACCAGCCGACCUCGGAUGUUCCACUCCCUCAGCCUCCUCCACUCUCUCUCUCCCUCUCCCAAAGCAGAUGAAGAAGAGGGGCACGUAGGCUCUGGGACCUCUUCGCGCCCGACCCUCGCUUCCCGCCUUCCCAACCGCAACACUUGCGCGAGCUGCUCCACCAAGGGCGGGCCGAAAACAGCAGCCAGCCCCGUCCCCGGCAGCAUGUUCAGCUGGGUCAGCAAAGAUGCCCGCCGCAAGAAGGAGCCGGAGCUCUUCCAGACGGUGGCCGAGGGGCUGCGGCAGCUGUACGCGCAGAAGCUGCUGCCCCUGGAGGAGCACUACCGCUUCCACGAGUUCCACUCGCCCGCGCUGGAGGACGCUGACUUCGACAACAAGCCCAUGGUGCUCCUUGUGGGCCAGUACAGCACGGGCAAGACCACCUUCAUCCGGCACCUGAUCGAGCAGGACUUCCCGGGCAUGCGCAUCGGGCCCGAGCCCACCACCGACUCUUUCAUCGCGGUCAUGCACGGCCCCACCGAGGGCGUGGUGCCGGGCAACGCGCUCGUCGUCGACCCGCGGCGCCCCUUCCGCAAGCUCAACGCCUUCGGCAACGCCUUCCUCAACAGGUUCAUGUGUGCCCAGCUGCCCAACCCGGUCCUGGACAGCAUAAGCAUCAUCGACACUCCUGGGAUCCUGUCUGGAGAGAAACAGCGCAUCAGCAGAGGUUACGACUUCGCUGCCGUCCUGGAGUGGUUCGCCGAGCGGGUCGACCGCAUCAUCCUGCUCUUCGAUGCCCACAAGCUGGACAUCUCUGACGAGUUCUCCGAGGUCAUCAAGGCCCUCAAGAACCAUGAGGACAAGAUCCGCGUGGUGCUGAACAAAGCAGACCAGAUCGAGACCCAGCAGCUGAUGCGGGUCUAUGGGGCUCUCAUGUGGUCCCUGGGGAAGAUCAUCAACACCCCCGAGGUGGUCAGGGUAUACAUCGGCUCCUUCUGGUCCCACCCGCUCCUCAUCCCUGACAAUCGCAAGCUUUUUGAGGCGGAGGAGCAGGACCUCUUCAAAGACAUCCAGUCUCUGCCCCGAAACGCUGCCCUCAGGAAGCUCAAUGACCUGAUCAAGCGGGCACGGCUGGCCAAGGUGCACGCCUACAUCAUCAGCUCCCUCAAGAAGGAGAUGCCCAACGUGUUCGGGAAAGAGAGCAAAAAGAAGGAGCUGGUGAACAACUUGGGAGAGAUCUAUCAGAAGAUCGAGCGGGAGCAUCAGAUCUCCCCCGGGGACUUCCCGAGCCUCCGCAAGAUGCAGGAGCUCCUGCAGACUCAGGACUUCAGCAAGUUCCAGGCCUUGAAGCCCAAGCUGCUGGACACGGUGGACGACAUGCUGGCCAACGACAUCGCCCGGCUGAUGGUGAUGGUGCGCCAGGAGGAGUCCCUGAUGCCCUCUCAGGCCGUGAAGGGCGGCGCCUUCGACGGCACCAUGAACGGGCCCUUCGGGCACGGCUACGGCGAGGGGGCCGGCGAGGGCAUCGACGACGUGGAGUGGGUGGUGGGCAAGGACAAGCCCACCUACGAUGAGAUCUUCUACACGCUGUCGCCUGUCAACGGCAAGAUCACGGGCGCCAAUGCCAAGAAGGAGAUGGUGAAGUCCAAGCUGCCCAACACCGUGCUGGGGAAGAUCUGGAAGCUGGCCGACGUGGAUAAGGACGGGCUGCUGGAUGACGAGGAGUUUGCCCUGGCCAACCACCUCAUCAAAGUCAAGCUGGAGGGCCACGAGCUACCCGCCGACCUGCCCCCGCACCUGAUCCCGCCGUCCAAGCGGAGGCACGAGUGACCGCCCCGCCCGGCCGGGCCCACUAGGGGGUGGCGAGGGGCCGGAAAGACUGAGCAGAGUUUCCUCGGCUCUUACAAAGGAAAACCGCCAUCUUUCUUUUCAGGCCGUUCGCGGGCCCAGCAGGGAGGUGGGCGAUAUACUUGUAUGUGAAUGAUGGAAUUUUGUGCACAAGAACUAUGGAUAUUUUUAAUAUAUAACGUUAGAGGCAGCGUUCUUUCUUGCCCCUGUCCUCCGCCCACCCCCCACCUCCAGCUCUGCUGUACAGCACGUGCCCCCCCGGCUCACCACCACUGCCCCCCCCGCCCCCGGCAGCUGCCGUGUGUAGACAGGAACCCCAGGAUUCCAGUUUGUUUCUAAGCUGAGUACUGCUUCACUGAGCCACUGGCUCCUUCCCUGUCCAGCUCUGCCCCCUCGCCCUGCUCCUGGAUUAAGCUGGUUCUGGUGCCUUCCGCCUUGCCCUCCCCGGUGGCCCCCAUGCACGGGCCCUGCUCUUUGCUCUCACAUCGCACCCCCACCCCCCAGCUUGACAGUCACAGAAGCAAGCCCAACUCCCUUUUUUAUGAGGUCCAAGGGAUGAGGGGGAUGCGAGAACGUCUCCCAGAAAAACAUAAGCUAGUUUUGUUCUGUAAAGUGACACCUUUCAUACUUGACCGACUUUUCCAGUAACUUCCCAACCUCUUGUUCAGAAGCUGUGAUUUUUGUCUGCUUUCUCACACUCCAACUAGGGGGCAGCUCCACCCAGGAGCUGUUGGAUGUGCAGAGCACACCCUGUCGGUGACGCCACGGUUUGUGUUCUGCUUCUUCCUUUCACCCCCUGGAACAUUCUGGUGUACCUCCUCCCCCACCUUGGAUGGGUGGUGGGCCCUCAUGAGUCUGGCCUGGCUUGGUGCUCCAGCCCAGGCCUAGUGUCCAGACAGCAGAGACCAGGGACAACCCCGACCCUUCUCUCCUUGCACCGCCGUUCAUUCCCCGUGGAAGCUCUCUCCUCCUAUUGAGCAAAGCGGGGCAGCGGACGUCUUGGAUGCCCUUCGAAUAACCUCCCUCCAGGCUGAGGUACGAGGGACUGGAGGCAGUGAGCAGCCAGGGCCCGUUGCCCCAUCAGCUUUGCCUUGGCCGGGCUCUCCCAGCACAGCCUCGGGGGGGCCGGGACCCAGCACAGCCUCGGAGGGCCGGGAUGCGCUCCACUCACCGGCUCCUUGCUGGAACCGCGGUGGGGGGAGCACGCUUCCCACCAGGCACUCCCAGGGUAGGUCUCAGGGACUCCGGUGGACCUCUUCUGGCACCAUCCACCCCGCCCCCCGCCCUCCAGGGCUGCUCCCCGGGCCUCUGCGGGGUUUGCGUUACCUGUGGCUGGCUUCGGCCCACCAUUGUGUGCAGUAUUAGGUGAGGGCGGGGGCAGCCUCCUGGUUGGGAAGUCACUGUGAGGUGUCCUGGCUCAUCCCCACUUGCCUGUGGGAAGAAAAAGCAACCAAAGACCGCUUUUUUUUUCUUGCAUUAAAAGAAGGUUUAAUUGUGCUGAAG